AUACUGGCAUUCGGCACAGUACGCGCCCAGCGCUCACGGAUCGUUCACUGCGCCGCUCUCUCGGACUCGGAUCCGCCAAGUUGUUUUUUUCCCUCCGUCGCUGGCGGCCGCGCGGGCGUACAAAAAAUUCAAUUUAUCUUUAUUCUUUAGCCCUGUCCCCUCCCUCCUCCCCGUUUCGUAUUUGACGGUUUUUUCUCUCGUUUCGUUCUACUCCUUAACUAAAUAGCCUCAGCGCUCUCUUUGUCUUCUUAUUUCUCGUCCGUACCGUUCGGGCCCGGCGGCCUACGCGCUCUAUCUCUCGUGCGUUCUGUGUGGUUUUGCGUUUCUUCGUAUCGUCUUUAGAAAGAAUACUACUAUCGCCGGCGUUACUCCGUGCUACUUUUUUAUCCAUCCAGCGUACGUAUCAAUAUAAAUCUUCGUUGCCUACGCACAUUUGAAUACACGUUACUACCGGAGGAUAAGACAAACGAGGAACAACCACUGCGGGAUUUAAACUGGGAAAAUUCGUUCAGCGGAACAAGGCACAACAGCAUGGUAUGAUAAUAAGUGACUGAGGAUCCCCGAAACAUGAAGUCCCCAGUCCUGACGUUGACGCUUUUACUACCGCUCGUACUUGGUCUAACGCUCCAAGAAGAUGACAUCGUGUUUGACGACAUUGGCGAAGAGAUGACAUCGAUCGCUCCUGUCGUACAUCGAAAAGAACAUGAAACUCCGAGGAUACGUGCGGAUAAAAAAAGCUCGCAUCGUGUAGAACGACUCUGGGGUCUUUCGGACACUUCUGUCACGGUCGGUCACCUUUUUAAGCUGAAAAUACCGAGAGAGGCGUUCGGUGGUAGCGUCGAUCACUACGAGGUUCGUUCUAAGAACAAAAAGGCUUUUCCUCACUGGCUCUACUGGGAAGAUAACGUUUCGAGUUUCUUCGGCGUCCCAUCGAAAAAGGACGUUGGUCAGCAUCACGUGACGGUGACGGCCUAUGGCACGGAUGGUGACGUCGCCAAAGAUUCUUUUACGAUUGACGUCGAGCCUGAGAGGUUCGACGGGUCCGAGCCCAAGGAUGGCAAGACACACUGCCAAGAGGGAGAAGAACGCACGCUUCUCACGAUCACUCUGGACUCCAAGUUCGACGACUUGAAGCCUGUGACGAAGGUCAAGGCUAUUAAGAAUCUCGCCGGUUUCUUCGGCCUCCACACGAACUUGUUCUCAAUGCAUUCGCAAAGCAGCAAAGACGGAGCCCAGGACACGGGAACGAAGUCUCGGAAAGAAAAACAUUUGACGUCCAUUCAGUGGCAGGUCGGAUGCGAGGGCGGUAUUUGGGCCCACCAAGCGGAAAAUCUUAAGCGAAUUCCCAGCCUAGCGCAAGACGGUACGUUGGUGGAAGUGCUGCAUUUUCCUCCCAGUUCAACGGUGCUUGCUUGGCGAGUGAAAACUGACGGCAGUCGGUUGUUGAGAGAUCGACGAGAAAUUGGCUCCGGGGACAAUGGCAAUAACGAUGACGAGGAGUACGACUACGACGAGGAUUAUGACGAGUCGUACGACGACGCUGAACGCGAAGACGACGAAGAAAACGAUCCGAUAACCGAAAUGCCACCCAGAGCUUACGUGCCGAAUGCAUCAGCUUCGAAAGACACCGAAACGGAACAGGAACACCCUCAUAGACAUCACCAUGGAGAAGAAGCGAUAGGAUGGAAGCCAAUCGAGGAGAUCGAUGAGCACGAUAUAGUGCCAGUGGUCAAUCAGCAGCUCGGAAGCGGAUUUAACGGGUCUUCCACAACUCCGGUCACGAGACCGACCACAACUUCGCAAACAUCGACGUCUAGUCAACCAAGCACAUCGACAUUAUCAACUACCAUAACUACAACAACAACACCGUCAGAACAACCUGAAUCUUCAACAACACCAACAACAACAACAACAACAUCAACAGAAAUAACAGAAAGAACAAGCACAGAAAUUCCAAUUACCACGUCCAUUACCCAAUCAGUAACAACGAGUGUGAGUUCGGAAUCACCGAUUACGAUUCCCAUAACUUCGACCGUGUCGUUGCCUUCCACGAGUUUCUCCGCGUCUUCAACGACCGAUGGAUCUUUGGCAAUUUCCACAAUGGAAACAACCAAAUUUAACACGAUCGAAGAAACUCUUGAUCGUACCAAUUUCAUCAAUAUUGAUUCUGAUAACGCCUCGACCACGUAUUUAACAAUGGAAAAUGUUACUUCACCAUCACCACCCGUCUCACCGUCAUUAACAACAAGCCCGCAAACGACCAGCCUAGGCACAUCCACUUUAGACGCAUCCUCGGAUAAAAUGGACACAAAGCCCACUUCCGGUCUUUAUAUUGACGUUACGGAAGAAGAGUCAACGGAAAGCACGGAAAUGCCUACGAGUUCCACAACAAUUGUACCGAGCACAGUGAUUGUUAAUGGGAUAACGACCACUGAAGAAAUACCUACCACUGUUCUAAUGACGUCGACAUCAACAACGCCAGAACCAGUGCCAGAAACCACCCCUGAAAUGGCCACUGGUACGAGCGAGGCUUCUACGACCACGACGACGACAACACCAACAACAACAACAACAACAACAACCACCACCACGACAACUACCGAAAUGCCUACGACAACAACGACUACAACGACUACAGAAAAAAUCGAAUACGGAGUUCGCAAUUUCCCCCCACGUCAGGAUCGAAGACUCAAGAAAAUCCCAGUCACAGCAGGAAAACCUUUGAGCUACGUCAUUCCGGCUGAUACUUUCAGUGACGUCGAGGAUGGAGAUACAAGACGUUUGAGACUGAGCCUCUACUUGCAGGGCAAUCCUGUCAAAUCUACGCAUUGGUUACAACUCAAUCCUAAUACGCAGGAAGUUUAUGGACUACCUCUGGAAAAUGACGUUUCCAAAUGGGACCACGAUCUCGUGGCCUCGGACAGCGAAGGCCUUAACGUCACCGAAAGGUUGGACAUUUACGUUCAACAACACAAACUCAGCCGUUCGGUGAACCACGAAUUUAGCAUUUAUUUGAGAAUCGACAAGAGGACGGCGUUCCCGAACAACGUUGAUUGGGAGUUGAAGGUUGUGCGCAACUUGGCUCAGCUUUAUGGGGACAGCGAUCCGAGCCAAAUAACCGUUCGUUCGAUAGACGUGACGCAGGAUCAAGCGAUUUUCACAUGGACUAAUGACAGCGUGCCACGAAGUAGCGAGUGUCCCAAAGAUGAAAUCAACAGAUUAUUGCACGUCUUAAUCGCCGAUAAAGAUGGUGAGCCAAGUGGUUUGUUGCUGAACGCAAUGGGGCCGGAAAUUCGUGUCAAGCGCGUAGUAUAUCAGGGUCUCGGUCAGUGCGAGGAGAUGAAAAGGCCUGAAUCACCAAAGAUCCCAACUCAAGAACCCAAAAAUAAUUUUGCACCUAUGCCGAGGAACCAGGUCGAUCAUAUCAACGCUACAGUCGGACAGUUGCUCGUCUACAAAGUUCCAGACGAUACUUUCUACGAUCCAGAGGACGGCUCAGCCUACAACAUGCAAAUGUCGCUCCUCACGAACGAUCGAACGCCGAUUCCUGCCAACAACUGGCUGCAAUUCGAUGUGAAAAAUCGUGAAUUCUUCGGCGUUCCUUUGCGCGAAGAUAUUGGAAGAAAAGAGUAUCAACUCGUUGUUACCGACAAAGAAGGAGCGAGUGCGACGGACGGAAUGGUGGUGAUAGUCCAGCCAGCUCCGUUCAUGCGGCAUAGCGUUGAGUUUUCGAUGACGUUGGCAAUUCCGUACGAAUCAUUCGCUCAUUCGGCACUACAGAAACGGACAUUUAUCGAGAAAGUGGCUGAACUGUUUGACGACAGGGACACUCAUGCGAUCUCGUUGGACAGUAUAAGCCAGGGUAGCACAAUCGUAACGUGGCGUAACACGAGUUUGCCAACGAACAUCUGUCCGGACGCAGAAAUUACGAGGCUCAGUGAGAUUCUCGUCAAGUCUGAUAAAUCUUUGACCGACAGGAUCGAGCAAUACAUGGGCGAAGAGUUUCCUGUCAAACAAAUAACGCUCACACCCUUGGGUAUGUGUCAAGGUCAAUUGACCGGUGUUUAUUCGCCGGAAAAUCACACACCACCUUCCGAAGACUCGAGAUCCGUUGGAACUACCAGCGAUGAUUAUCUCAUCACUUGCGUACUCCCGGCCAUCAUCAUCGCCGCUAUGCUUCUACUCGCUGGUAUUAUUGCUUGUGUACUUUACCGACGAAGGCGAAGCGGCAAAAUGAGCGUCAGCGAACAAGACGACGAGAGACAGAGCUUCCGAAGCAAAGGCAUUCCUGUCAUUUUUCAGGACGAACUUGAGGAAAAACCCGAUCCUGGUAACAAGUCGCCGGUAAUUUUGAAAGAGGAAAAGCCACCAUUGCCACCACCAGAAUAUCAGAAAGCAGAAGAUGGUGCGGAUGUUCCUAUGUUGUCGCAGGAAAAUUCCGAGGAGCCUUAUCAACCACCACCCCCGUUUGCAACGAAUCGUGACAACAAUCGUCAAAAUCGGCCAAAACCAACGCCCACGUACAGAAAACCACCGCCGUACGUGCCACCCUAACAAAACAACACGACGGUGCACUCGCCAACACGAAAAUACAUGCUAGCGAUGCUCGGAGAUUCACCAACACACGUGCAAAACCAAAAUAAUCGUCGAAACAAAAAGCAUCAAUUGAACGGCAAACAAGUUGUAAAUUCGCGAGGUGCUCGAUAAUAAGGGAUUUUUAAAUAGAAGAAAACGUGAGGAAGAUUGAGAAAAAGAGAGAAUGAUUAAACGAGAAGAAAUAAUACUAAUAAAGAAAAAAAAUGUAAUAGAGACCACGUGAAAUCGAUACGUAAUUGAAUAACGACGCGAAAAAAAACUUUUAUACACGUGUAUAUGUUUAUCUCGAAAGCAGCGUGAUUAGCCGACGUUUUAGCGGGGGAAAAGGAAAAAAUAUCAGCUUAUUCUCAUUCUGUCACUUUCAGCCAAAGCUGCAGCUGUGAAAACGAUUCAAUUUUGUUUAACCGAUUGUCCAAAGCCCGAUUUGUUGCUAAAUCAGAAAGAUGAUUAAUGAAAAAGACCAUCCGUAAAGAAUCGCAUACAAAAACCAUCGACAAAACUAAAAAUCUCGAUUAUAUCACAACACCGAAAUUACGAAUUGCCUCAUUGUGAACAGAUUCUGUUCAGAAUCGUCUCCACUAGUCGGACAUGCAACGAAACGAUAUUACAAGGCGAAAAACAUAAAAAUUUCAAAUAUAAUUCACUUCGAGUCUCGGACAAAUCGAAAAAGCGAAAUUACAAAGGAAAUAAAUGAUUCAAUGUCAAAUCCCUUUUUGUGCAUCGAGUGACCAUUUUUUUGCAACGAUCAGUGCCAUUCUCUUAAGCAAUAAGAGGUUUUUCUAUACACACAUACAAUUUAGAACAAGCAAAAAGGAGACACACUCAAUGUUACUAUUGCGAGUCGAUUAUCACGUUGAACAUUUCGGCGAAUUUUUCCUCUAAAUAAUAAUAUAUUAAAAACUUCGCGAUGAAUCACAAGACGAAAGAAGCAAACGAAACUCAUGUAUUCGAUUGAUUUUCCAUUGACUAAACGUAACAAGUACCUAUAUCUCAUUAAGACACUGCCAGAAACGAAGAGAGGCCGAAGGGAAGCGUUGAACGAAAAAUUUGAACGUCAAAUUAUUCGUUUUACUGACGUCAAUUUAUUGUUUUUUUUGUAAACCUAUUUACAAACCAAAUACGUCGAUUCAAUUUUUUUAACCGAAAAAAGUAGUACAUGCACAUCGUAAUGAAUGUAACGGUUAAUCCCCCCCCCCCCCCCUCCCUCCCCUCCCCUUUUCAAUUGACACACAAAACUAAGAGAAAUUAGUAAAAAUAUGAAUUCACAAAUGCAGAAGCGAAGAUAAAAAUAUCGAGAGACGAAAACUGAGCGUUACUUAAAAAGUUUCGUAUUAACUGUAGUAAGACGAAGAUGUGUGCAUGGUUGUGUGCGUGUGUGUGCGUGUGUGCGUGAAAAAGAGUGAAAAGGUGAAUGUAUGAAUUAUAUAGCAAUGCUUCCAUCGGCGCCACGCUGAAAACAUAACGAAAGGAAUAAAAAGGAAGUAAAGGAAAAAGAAAAUUAAAACACGAUUAUACCAGGAAUAUUGAAAAUAUUUGAUAUGCUCGAUUUGACGAAUAUGAACAAUAGUGAUUCACUAUUGAAAUAAUGUCAUCGGCGUCUUACGCAAGCAUUUACGUAUCUGUAUGUAUAUAAUAUAUACGAAAUUUCUUUUGUCUCGAGUUCGUGGAAGUUUGAAGUUUUUUUGUUUCCAACGUAAAAAAUGAUAAAAAAUAAUGAGAAAGUUAAAAGGAGAACGUUAUCACCGCAACAUUCGAUUGAACGCACAAAAAAUUGAUCGAGGCGAACCGAUCGCACCGAUGUUUUUAUACUCGAUGAAUCUUUUUCUACAUUGCAAACGACAAUUGGAGGGGAAAAACGUUCGAAAAAUGGAAUAUCACCUAAAAAAAGGGUUGGAGUGUUCGGAUAAAAAUCUGCUCCUGGAUUCUUUCGUGGAGGCUUCUGCUGAAUGAUUAUAUCAAUGGCUGAUCCAACGAGCUUAACGCCGGAAGUGGCGUACACUACGGCCAAUCGAAAUGUGUACGAUUCUACUUGUUUUUGCUUCGGUUAAAAUCCCUUUCCCUUCUCUUCUCAUACCCGAUGAACUGUCUAAUUUAGGUAAAACUUUGCAUAGUUACCAAGCCAAAAAAUAAUUAAUGUUAAAUAAAAAAAGUGGGCAAAAUAUUGUACGUGAAAACGAAGAAAAAAACACACACACACACACACACACACACAGAUGAACGAUAAUAAUAACGAAAAAGAAGUGAGCCGAGCACACAAUUGGAAAUGGAAACGAAACACAAUUGUUAUUCAUGAAACAUGAAACAGUGAAAUAAUUGCUAUUGUUUAAGCCAGCCCGGACUUUUCGCAACGGCGAGAAACGCCAUCGAUCAUGUAAAAGAAUUUUUUAAACUUUUUAGCCGCUGUGUUAUUGACCGAUUAUGAUGAUGAUUGUAGUUGUAAUAAACGAAUAUUAAUAUCGAUAAUAAUAUAAACGAUAAUGAUAAUAUUAAUCAUAAUAUUAACAAAUAACUUUAAUAUUAAUAAAUGCGAAGGUGUUAACCUCCCUCGCGAAAAGUACGGGCUGCACGAUUAUCGUAUGAAACACAAAACGUGAAUGAAAAUGCAGUGGCGAAUUUACUUGAAUAAAGAUUUUUCGAAAUAUUUUUUAUCCAACAAUAAUUAAGAAACAAUUUAAUGCGAGCCCCGACGUCUCGGUUAACAAACGUCAGAGUAUGAGUGCAAGCUGAAACAAAACGAAGAAAAAUUCAUCGUGAAUACUAUCGCAUGAGAAACAUGUACGAAUGUCAUUUAAAUAUUGUAUCGCAUACGAGUUUGUGAAUGAAAAAUAUGAAAUAUGCCUGAAACUUGAGACACAAACAUAUGAUUUACCGAUAAAAAAAUGACAUUAAUUGCAAAACCUAACGUAAUAUUGAAUCACGUCUGUCGUAGUUAUAACACGUAGAGUAUAUUGAGUGUAAGCUUAAUAUCGACGAUGAAAUCCUCAUCAUCAUUGUCAUCGAAAUGAAAAUUAUCAUCACCGCUCUCAUCAUCGUCGUCAUUGUCAUAAUUGUCAUCAUUAUCAGCGUCAUUAUCAUCCUUGUCACCGUCAUCUCUUCAUCAUUGUCAUUAUCGAGUCUCGAUUAUCGUGAAAAGUGCAGUCUCGUACGCAGCCUUUGCUUGCUCGAUUUAUGAUUUUAUAAUAUUUCAUUUAGGAAGCACGCAUAUAUUACCGAAUUAGAUCGAUUGAUUUACGAUAAUUAACGUGAUUAAAUAUCGUGCGAAAAAUCGUCUUUUUUGUUGAUUUUACGAUUGUUUCGUUUUUUUUUCCUUCUUCCAAGAAAUUCUUCCACUCGGUGAAAACAGGAGAGCUUUUGCCUCUUUUUUCCUCUUCUUUUACCAAAGGCAGGGGAAAUCGGUGGUAAAACUCAGCCGCGUCGUCAAUUUGAAAAUAGUGAAAGUGUUUUUUUUAUUCCCGAUUUAUUAUUUUUUUACGGUCUCUGGCGAAGUAAUUUUUGGGUUCGUAGACUUGGGCUAAUUCUUGUUGGUUUAUUGAAAAAUUACGAAGAUCGCGUGGCCGCGAUAAGAAUGUACGGUGCAUCGGUAAGGCUCGGAAGGGAUGUAAAUUUAACGCGAGACCACACGAGCCAUGAGAAAAUUGGAGAAACUCAGAGAGCUUUACGCUUGCAUAAUGUUACAAAAUAUUGUGCGGCUUCGAACGACACUGAGACACGCGGGAAUUGGUCUAAACAAGAGAGUACGACGGAGGAUCGAUUCCCUCGACGAUUAUUCGUACGUGGCCAUUCUCGAGCGAAUAACUAUUCCGGAGGAAAAUUGGAUUUGUCGCGUUAAGGCGCACGCGACGAUGCAUCGGUUUUAUAUAACCAACGAAUUAUGCAAUUCCGGCAAACCCCGAUUUCAGGAGAAAAAAAACCGUUGUUUUUCAGACUGAACUCCGUUUAGCUCGGAAAAAUUGAAAAAUUGUGACAAUGUCGAACAGGACAAACUCCACCGUCCGGGAAGUCGACCAGGAAAAAUGACUUUUCACUGGAAACUUCGAUCGAGCAGAACCAAUUUUUCCUCAAAUCGGACUUGGCUUGUAACGUGCGUGGUGCCUCUAAUGAUUGAAAGCAUACGAGAACGUUUCUCACGAAAAGCAACAUAUUCGAAUGAGGAAAUUCAGAUAAAUAAUUUCCCCACGCGACUGGACGCUUCACUUCGUACUCCGUUAGAGCUAAACGUUCCAACUGUUCUGGUUCCACUCAUAAUCAACGUGGUUAAACUGCCAUCAGUGAAUAACGAAGCAGAAUCGGACGAUUUUCGGUGGUCGACUCGAAGUCAUUCCCACGUCAUAUCACGAAUACAUGCAUAUGCUAAUUCUCAUAUCAUCUCCUUAACCUCCUCGUGCCCGCGUUACAAUUUGUUAGUCUUUCGUUUCACAAUCAUCCUUGAGGCGUCAAGUGUCUCGUGAAAAAUUGCGUUUAAGCGUAAGAUAAAUUCUAUAGAUGUAAAGAGUUUGCGGAGAGAAAGAGAAGAAGCGGGGAGGAAUGUUUGAAAGGAAAUGAAAGGAGACGAAAAAAAAUGGAUUUCGGUGUUGAAAACAAUGAGAGAGAAAGAGAAAAAGAGCAAAAGAAAUAAUCGAAUAAAAUUAUUUUUUAAUAAUUGCGAGAUUAUGAAACUUUAUCAGAAAAUUAUUGAAAGGGAAGGAGUGCAGCUUCGAUUUUUUGUAACCCGCAGGUCAGGCUUCCCUGAGAAAACAUGUAUUUAAGAAAAACGAAUAGGAUAAAAGGAGGAUAAUUAUUAGUGAGCGAGCGUCCCGACGGGACGUUUCUGUAUAAAUGGAAUCGCCGGUUCCACGAGCGUGAAUAACGAUUUUAAGGAAAACUCGAUUUUUUUUUCCUACACUGGAGUAGUUCGUCUUGAAAUCGCGAGUUUGUGGCUGAAAAAAAAUGCAGCGUAAGUGUGAAUCGUCCUGCUGUGUUGCGAAUGGAGUAUCGAUACAAAGAAAGUGUGGAAGUUCUUCGUCAAAAGUAGCCUCUUUAUUCAAACGAUUUUUCCCUCCGUCUGUAAAAGCCUCACUUUGCCUCGAAUAGCACGCAAUUCUGAAGGAUAAUUCAUCAACGCGACGUACUCGAGGCCAUUUUUCACGCAGCGAACUUCCAUUUUCCUCAUGGUCGUUCCACCUCCAUGAACCAUUAAAAAUUUCUUUUUAGCUACGAAGUUUCUUGUAACGAUGAAAACUGGAAACUGCACCGACCAUUUUAGUGUGAGAGUUGAAAACCAACGAUUGAAUAAACGGGCGAGACACGAAUUCUACUGGCAUCAAUAAUAAUCGAAUGCCAUUAGUAAGCAUGCAAUUCUAUAACAACAACAAAGCAAGAAAUACUUCGAGAAACUGACGAACUUAUAAAUAUAUGUUUCUUGUCAUCGACAAGUGUAUACAUAUAUGUUUAACAUGUGUAAAGUUAAGUGUUAAUAAAGUCAUUUUACGCUA